AUGCAACAACAAGAUUAUAUAUACCCUACAAAUAAAUAUAAGAUCAGACAAAGAUCAUCGUCAUCACUGACUGAGCAAUGCUUGACUGUUACAUUGUCCGGUUUGGACCUGAUCAGUCCACCAAUGCAGAUACACAAUCACAGAUUCUACAGAUUGGAUGAUGGUGUUGGUGAUGGUGGAGGAGGCGGCGGCGAAGCAGUCUACCUUGAAAUGAUUGAUAGGUUAAAGGCAUCACUUGCUGAAGCACUUGAACUCUACCCACCUGUUACAUCCAUCACUACAGUUGAUGACAAGGGCAUUGUUUCAAUCACGAUGGAUAGAGAGCGACCUAAAGGUACACCCUUCAUUGUACACAUCGCUGACUCACCCUACACAGUCGACAACGAGAACCUGUCUCCUCGUACCGAUGCACUUCUCCCUCCAUCAGCAAGCAUUCUCGCUGUCAAGAUCACAAAGUUCACAUGUGGCACAAUCUGUGUAGCAUCAUCGAUCAAUCAUCAAGUGACUGAUCUUCGUGGAUUCCUCGACUUUCUCGAGCUCUGGGCACGGAUCUCAAGAGGUGAGCCUGUUGACUUUGGAUUGAUCCCAGAUGAUUGGUCUCGUACACCCGGUCGAUUCUUCCCUGGCGCCAAGAUGUCGUCACUCCCACCAGCCCCCUUCACUCCAUUGUCACAGCAGGCACCUCCCCCAGCAUGCCUGAUGGUGCCCUCAGUCAUAUCAUGGUGGCGAAUCAACAAAAGAUCAAUGGAGAUGUUGAAGGAGGACUUCACUCCAAACACAACCACCAACGGUCAAUGGAUAUCAUCUGGCGAUGCAUUGGCAACCGUCAUCAUUGGUGCAUUCACUCGUGCGCGACACCUUGGCAACGUUCCAAGACUUGGAGGACGAUCAAGUGUGGACAGUCAGAUCGAGAAGGUAGCAAUGGCAGCAGAUGGCCGAGAGCGAGCACCCAACGGCGCCAUGGCCAAUGGCAAGUACUUUGGCAACUUCAACAAUCUAUGGUCGGUGGACAUUGCCCGCGAAGAUCUACUCGAUGCCUCAUCCGCAGCAGGAUCACGUGUGGCACUCAGCAUACGCAAGAACCUGCAGCUGGCUCUCACGCCUCAGGCCAUCGCCGACAGGAUAGCAUUCUUUGAGUCUCAUACACCGUCACUGAUUGGAUGGUCGGCCGAUGUCAUCCUGACCAACUGGUGUCGGUUCGAUCUGCGCGGCCCUCUGAUGGACAUGGGAUGGGGACGACCAUUUGAAGCGACUUCUGGUGCAGUGACACUCUAUCCUCCUGGCUACUCAAUCAUGAUGCAAGAUGGAGACACAGGAGAUGUCACAGUACUGUUGACAAUUGAGUGUGAUGGUGGACAACACCUUCUUCAAGAUCCUCUACUCAAUAAGUAUGCUACAUUGUUGUAG